AGAACGAUGCGAAUGGCUGGCAAAAUCGCAAAUAAAUUUCUAAGAAAGAUGGGAUCCUAAGCCGACAACAAUUGUUUCCUUCUAUCCUAUCCCUGUUUGUUGCUUGUUCUGUAUUUGGCAGUUGAAAGAUGGGAAUUUCGUGGAGUAACAGUAACAGUAACAGUAACAGAAGAAGAAACAGUUACCUUGACCAUCCACAUCUUCCACCUCCUUACUAUUACUCUCAUUCUCAUCCUCAUCCGCCGCCACUCCUGCCACCGCCUCCGCCUCAAGGUUACUUUUUUACCCCUUCUACCACUAGCUACGUGGCACCUUCUCCUUCCAAUUCCAUGCCCUUUUAUGCAAAUCAGUGUCACCCUCCUCCUCCUCCUCUUCCUCCUCCGCCGCCCUACGUUGAUCAUCAAAGCGCUAAGAAGAUAAGGAACGAUGUCAACUUGCACAAACAUACUCUCCAACUCCACCUCGAUCGCAACAAUCCCGAUCACCACUUGAUUUCCUUUGUUUUCGAUGCCCAUUUUGAUGGCAGCAUAACUAUCUUGUACUUGGCCAAAGAAGAAGAAAAAUGUAGGUUCAUUCCACUAUUCCCCGAUGCAUUUGAGCCUAUCACAUUCCCCUUUCACAAAGGGCUUGGCCAGAAAUUUUGUCAGCCUUCUGGAACAGGCAUUGACCUAGGUUUCUUUGAGCUGGAUGAUCUUUCAAAUCCCUCUCCUGGAGAAGAUGUGUAUCCCCUUGUAAUAUGUGCUGAAACUAGUUUGAGAACUCCUUUGGCAGAUGAAACUCUUGGUGAUUCCAUGUUGAAUGCAUCCCCUCACAUGCAAGUAACUCAAGCUGUCUUGGAGAAAGCCAAUGAUAAUGGUCCUUUCCAGGUAAAAGUAGUUAGGCAGAUUCUGUGGAUUGAUGAUGUUCGUUAUGAGCUGAGAGAGUUAUAUGGAAUAGGAAGUUCAACAGCGACAGAUUUUGAUGAUAAUGAUCCUGGGAAGGAGUGUGUAAUAUGCAUGACUGAACCCAAGGACACUGCUGUCCUUCCUUGCCGGCAUAUGUGUAUGUGCAGUGACUGUGCAAAAGCUUUGCGGUUUCAGUCGAAUAAAUGCCCUAUAUGCCGUCAACCUAUCGAGGAACUUAUAGAGAUCAAGAUAAACAAUGACGACCAAUGACAUAUUUUUGGCCUGAUGCGAAGCUGAAUUGCAUGGUAUUUCCAUCAAAUUCCUUCGUUCUUGAAAAAAAAUAUUGCUUCCCUUUUUUAAUGUCUGCGUUCAGGUGAUAAAUAGUAUCUCUAUUUUUAUUUUUUGUAAAUUGCUGUCAAUAAUCUGUUCAUACUUCAUUUGUAAUGCGAUCAAAAGAAAAUUACCUGUCACUGAAUGUUGUCCCCUGCCAUCUAUAUGGUACAGGUAAUUAUUUUCAAUUUUUGUCUGUGAAGAGAUAUUUGAGAGAGGAUCAUUUGUAGACCUGGUUUGGUUGCUGAAAGACAUCAUUUAUGUAUCA